AUGAGUUCCUUUAGCGCCUUGUCCACGGGGGCAAGAUUUGAUGCCAACAAACACGGCGCCGCCAUGAGGCGCUUCGCACCGGGAGGUGCCGAUCGGGACCAUCCCGUUGCGCUUGGCAAUCCAACGCCGCAGUGCGAUCCCGCGGAGAUACCCACGCCUUGUCGCACCCUGAACAUUUUUGGGGACUCCAAAGGCACGGCAAGGGCUGAGGGCACGGCAGUGUUGGGUGGGGAAUUCCAGCAAGACACCCGAAACAACGCCGCCACGAUGCACACGCCUCUUCAGAGCAUGAGUGUGAAGAAGAAAAGAAACCUCUGGCGGAAAAAUGAGCUGCAGGUUGAGGGUGUUGAUGUGCCUCAGCCAAUUGAACAUUUUUCGGAUCUUGUUCGUCCUCCGCUUUCUGUGGAUGAGUGUCUCGUUUCAAAUCUAUUUGGGCGAAAUCACCGCAUUCCGACUCCGAUUCAGAUGCAGGCAAUUCCGUGUUUAAUUAAUAAGCGAGAUGUUCUGGCUUGUGCUCCAACAGGGUCGGGAAAAACGUUGGCUUUUCUUAUCCCCAUGUUUCAUAUGCUAAAGGCUCCUAACCCAGAAGCUGGGGUACGAGGGCUUAUUAUAACGCCCACAAUGGAGCUCGCCGAACAAAUUGAAAGAGAAACCUUUUUUCUCAUGAAGGGCCAACGAUGGAAGCUUGUUCAACAUGGACAGUCCACUCGAAACAAGGACAUCUUCGUCACCACGCCCAGGCGUGUUUUGUCAAUGAUAGAAAAGAAACUCAUUGAUCUUUCUCAUACACAAUAUCUUGUGUUUGACGAGGGGGACCGUCUUUGGGAUUCGACAACGGACAAUCUUCAAGUGGUGGACUCCAUUCUGGGAGCGUGCACGUGUGAAGAGAAGGUGGUGGCGCUGUUUACUGCAACACUGAGCUCAAAGGUAGAGGGAAUAGCGCGCUCGGUAAUGAGUCCGGAUCCGAUUCGUAUAAUUGUCACUGGUCGUGCGUCAGCAAACAAGAAAGUUUCUCAAGAACUUGUUUUUUGCGGUAAUGAGUUGGGCAAAAUUGUGGCGAUCCGCAAUAUGCUCCGCGAGGGGAUCAGCCCUCCCGUGCUUAUUUUUGUGCAGAGUAUCGAACGGACCAAGGAGCUCUAUGACGAAAUAAGAUGUCAGGGGCUUCAUAUAGCGGUGAUGAAUUCUAAGAUGACCCAUGAAGAACGGGAUGAGACAAUAAUGAAUUUUCGGCUAGGAAAGAUAUGGGUGAUCGUCACCACGGAGCUUUUGUCCCGCGGGAUCGAUUUUAAGAAUGUCGGAACCGUGAUCAACUUUGAUCUUCCGACUACUGUUGAGUCUUACAUUCACCGAAUUGGGAGAUGUGGGCGGGCGGGAAAAACAGGUAAGGCGGUAACGUUUUUCACUGAGGAUGAUAAGGAGCGAAUCCCACCGAUCGCUCGUGUCAUGAAGGAGUCGGGGAGCGCCGUUGAGGAUUGGAUGCUUGAAAUAAAGUCAGAUCGUCGCACCCGCCGUCGGAUUGAGCGUUCAACGCCGCAGAGAAUGAUAGUCAGUACUAGGAAGCGAAUGCUUGUUGCCGACCAACGCAUGAAGAGGCAGCUUCGCCGGUUGGAGAAGGAGGCCGUCAACGCGGCAGACGCCGAAUCAGAUGGCGAGGAUGCGUAG